AUGGAACGUGACCGUAGUUCAAACGUAGCGGCUAAGACAGCUCUGCUAGCAUUCCUUUCACUCGCAUUAGCGUUGCAUGUUGCCGAGGCAAACAUCUUCACCGGCAAGAGCUUCCUGAAAGCUCAGCAAGACUGCGUACACUUUCUUGGCAUCAAUCCACUUCGAUUGGGACAGUACAAAAAACACCUGUAUCCGGGGGAUCGGGAAACGAUGUGCUUGAUCCGCUGCAUAGGCAUUACGCUGGACUUCUGGGACGACACGGAAGGGUUCGACGUCAACUUGGUAGAACAACAGUUCUGUCCCCUGGUUGACACCAACUUCAAGAAGAAGCUAAACGAUACCGUUGCGCUUAAGCUGGCCCUACUUGACCCUCUGGACAACUGUGCCAGAGCGUUUUACGCCUUCCGAACGUUACGUGCUCUGCUGCGUCAGCAGCUUAACCUAGGCACGAACACAACUACGCCGAACGUAAACUUUGAACCACUGCAACCAACGCAAAUAUUAGACAUCAUCAUAAGCUGCGCACGCGAAGUGAAUUUGCCGAGCGCUUUCCUAACAAGUUUUUCGAAAGGCAACAUUGUUGACUGUCCAGAAGUUCGCUGCCUCAUUCGCUGUGCUGCUAUUCGGAGUCGACUCUACACCGAUCAAUCUGGCGCGCUACUCGCCAAUCUGCACCGUCAGUUUGAUCCUCCGGGAGAGGAUCUGAACAGCUUCACGCUGCGUCAGAACAUGUGCCUGCAGCGAAAUCAGCAACCGGCAACUGUGGACAACUGUACGCGGGCAUACAAACAAUUUUUCACCUGUCUUCGGCCCGAUUUCGAGCAAUUUUUCAUCCGGAAUAUAGACAAAGUCUUGCAGCAUCCCAUUUUUAAAAGCGAACAGCUUCUAGAAGGCCAGCCACAACCAUCACUACCACCACAACAGCCUAACGGAUUGGAUCAGUUUGGAGAAAUGCACGGUAAUCUGGACUUACUAUUAAGCUCCUGCUAA